AUGCCUCCGGCUACGGUCCGGUCUGCUCUUGACCACACCGAGCAGAUGGAUGAGGUGGUGAGAGGAGUCUCCGAUGCUAUGCCGGACUCGGAUCCUGAUAACCCGCAGAACUGGCCGCUGCACCGAAAAGUCUACGCGAGUGUUGUGGCAUUCUUAUUUGCCUUUGCAGUCGCAUUUGGACUCACUUCGUACACCACCGGCAUCGGCGGUGUGGUGACGGAGUUCAACAUCUCCAUGACUCUCGCCAUCGCCCCGUUCUCACUUUAUCUUGUCGGCAUUGCCUUCGCACCGAUUUACACCCCACAUGCCACAGAAAGAUUUGGCCGGAGACCGGUGUACUUUGUCAGCCUGCCCAUUUGCGCCUUGUUUGUUCUCGGUGCCGGGCGAGCUCAGAGCACCGGCGCAUUAGCAAUCUUGCGAUUCUUUGCCGGUCUGGGAGGAGGCCCGUGUCUUGUGCUCAUCGAGGGUACAUUCGCGGAUGUAUGGCCUGCGAAGAUGACUGUAACGUACUACUCGGGAUUGACUCUCGCCUCGUAUCUCGGGGCCGCGUUCGGCGCCAUUAUCCUUGGAAAUGUCAUCCCUAGCACCCCCUGGCGAUGGACGUCCUAUGUCUCCCUGGUGGUCUGCCUCACGGCGUGUUUGAUCGGUGUCGGGGUCCCAGAGACGUACCCUCGAGAGAUCAUCCGCGCCCGAGCCAAGCGUGCUGGCCGGCCUCAUAAUGUCCCCUCAGCCGAGUCGGGCACCACUCUCUGCCGCAUGGCGAGGCUGACCAUCGUUGACCCCCUCAUCAUGGCAUUCACUGAACCCAUCGUCAUCUUCACGACACUGUACGUGUCAAUCGUCUUCGGGACAACGUUCCAAUGGUUCAUCGCCGUGCCUGCGGCUCUGAAUCUGACGUAUGGAUUCGGCAUCCGCCCUUCCGGACUGGCGUUCAUCUCCGCGGUGGUCGGCGCCCUGUUUGCAGCCGGGUCGGCUACAUUGAUAGAGCAGUUCAUGAUCCUGUCGAAGACGCGGCAGUGCAAGGACCAGGAGACGGUGCAGCAGUUGGAGAUCGAAUACAGGCUUGUGCCCGCGAUUGUCGGUGGAAUUUUGAUGACUGGGGCGUUCUUCUGGGUCGGAUACACUACUGUCCCCACGAUCAGUUACCCCUUCCCCAUCAUCGGCACGGGCGUCUAUGUUUGGGGCAGCAUGAUGGUUCUGAUAUCCUACAUCUCGUACCUCUUCGACGCGUACCCGCCGGCCGGCACGCUCUCAGCGCUCACCCUCGCCGCGAGCACGCGCCUGCUCGUGGCCGCGGCGAUUCCCCUCGCCAUCAUCCAGAUGAUCACGGCUUUGGGCGGCAACUGGGCGUACGCCACGUUCGGGGUUAUCUCCGCGGCGCUGUACCCCAUCAAUGUUGUCGUCUUCAAGUUCGGUGCGCGGCUGCGUGCGAGGAGCAAGUACCGCGCUCCGAGUUUCGUGACGGUGACGCUGCGCUCGCCUCAGCGGAUCAAAUCAAUGCCUAGGACGGGGGUGACCCCAGCUUGA